UGCCCAUGCCAUUCAGUCCGUUUCGAGUACAGCGCAAGCUUUUCUUUGGGUGUCUGUCAUCGGCUGUAACGUACCCGAACCGUAGACUAACGGAUACCGGUAGUAUGUCUCCCAUCCUCGUCCUCCUGGCCGUAAUUUGGCUUGUGCACGGGAAGGAACUUCACAAAAGGAACUCGUUCGAGUUCGAAGAUGACAACGGCUGUCGCACGCCACGCAACGAAUCAGGAUCCUGCAUCCCGUCGUCCGAAUGCCCCAUACUCAAUGGUGUCCAGGACGUUAACUUCUUGCGGAGGUACAUAUGCGGUUUCUCCAGGAAUAAGCCUCUGCUGUGCUGUCCUAAAGUACAACGUCAACCGGACCCGACGGCACGAAGAACGGUACCGACGCGCAGGAGCAGACGCCGUCCUGUUAGGCCAAAGCCACAACCGCCAAGUCCCCAACCUCCGAGGGAAAAGGCAGAAGAAGGGCCACGCAUUGCUGGCUAUCCAAGCUUCCUUCCUGCAAACUGCGGCAAAAGCAAUAUCACGGGGGAACGUGUCGUAGGAGGUCGUGAGGCUGAUCCUGGAUCUUGGCCAUGGAUGGCAGCCAUUUACAUCAACACUGGAGAUAUCAAUUCGGCAGAAUGCGGAGGAUCACUUGUUACACCCCGCCACAUUGUCACGGCCGCUCACUGCGUAGUUCAGGGGUACAGGGCAAUCGACCUUCCCCCUUCGCUGUUUACUGCGCGCCUCGGAGACCACAACCUGGUCCGCAGCGACGACAUUGCUCAACCCGUCGACGUCCGUGUUGUUGGCAUCCAAAGGCACGCGGACUUCGAGCCCCUGACGUUCAAGAACGACAUCGCUAUCCUGACGCUUGAGAAGCCAGUCACAUUCAACGAGUUUAUAAGACCCAUCUGCUUGCCGUUCGGAGAUGACCUCGGUAGUCGAGACUUUUCUGGGUACCAUGGCUUCGUAACUGGCUGGGGCACCACAUCUUUCAAUGGUAAAAGCAGCGACGUCUUGAAAGAGGCCCAAGUGCCUAUCUGGGAAGAACCUAAGUGCAAGGAAGCAUUCCGGAAUGAUGUUCCGAUCUCCGAUGUCUACCUCUGCGCUGGAGACGGAAAAGGGCUCAAAGAUUCCUGCAGUGGAGACUCAGGAGGCCCCUACGUCCUUCCGCUCAAAGGUCGCUUCUACCUUAUGGGCGUGGUGUCUUUCGGCAAGCGUUGCGCCACAGUCGGUUACCCUGGCGUCUAUACCAGGGUGACAAAGUUUAUGCCCUGGAUCAUCGAACGCAUUCGCUAGUGCAAGUCUCUGUGUGUGUGUGUGUGUGUGUGUGUGUGUGUGUGACAGCUUCAAGACAACGCGAGUUGAAGGAAGUAUCCGCCAACGGACACAGACACAACGUCCCAGUGCGCCCUGUGCUGAGAACGACACACAAUCUAGGGUUUCCCCGCUCGUAAAUAAUUUGCUGCGUGUGAAACGCUGUUCCCGCUUUAUGCAGGUAGCUUUUAAUUUAUCGCUUUUUAAUUUAUAGCUUUUAUUUAAUUUAUUUAGGUAGCUUAUCGUUGAUUGAUAUUUAUACGUUGCUGCGUUUGAUGCAGAUAUCGUUACAGCACGGUACAUGUUACUCCUUUCAUUUUCCUUCAUUCGGAUUCAUAAUAAGUUAAUGCAUUCAUUUCAGCCUAGAAGGCGAUGAUUUCAUAAUGAAGGCACGGUUUCUUCUGAUGGCCAGAAACGCAGAAGACCGGCAGUUCUUGCAUCUCGAUGCUGUUAAGAGGGCCAGGUUAGCAACUGCGAGCCAACGGAGG